CGACGACUCCGGUUGGUCGCCGGAGGAAGAACAGAAAGCGAAAACACCUAGUACGUCGUAUUAUUACGAUUAGAACUCGGACAAGAUACCCAAAGGCGGUUCACAACAGGCUCGAGACCUUCUCGGUUUUGUAUUGCCCAAGGCCAAAUGGAGUAGCAUAUAAGGCCAUCAACCCUGUUCCCGUGAGCCUCGUUCCCCACUGCAACCAUCCUAGCCUGAUCUCCGGCGAGCGAGUUCGGCGCAGCUCACGAGGGCGUCCAUCUCGAUCGUCGUGGCCGAACGAUGGCAGUGUACUACCGAUACAAGGACUGCCUGGAAACGUUCUCCCUGCCCGUCGCGGCGCCUUCCAUCACCGUCGGCGAGCUGAAGCGCCUUAUCAUGAAGACAGGCCGCCAUGGUCGCGGCCGGGGUCCCAGGGAGAGCCUCACGAUCUCCAGCGAGCAGACCCGCGAGGAGUACGCGGACGACAGCGCGUCGGUCCUGCGCAACUCGACGGUGGUGGUGCGACGCCGAGUGGCCGGAACUCCGGCCGAUAGCAUCGUGCUGCGGUCAUCCGACACACCCCCUCUGUGCCCUAGAUCGAGGCAAGACAGCGGUGGUUCGUCGUCGAGGUCGGCCCCGAGGUCCGCCGGAACCCAGGACGACCAGGCCAAAGCUAUCAGCGCGGUGAUCGAGAACGGCCGUCGAGCAGCGCACAACGGGCGGGCGCCGCCGGCCGGGUACGUGUGCCACAGGUGCCGCGUCCCGGGCCACUUCAUCCAGCACUGCCCCACAAACGGCGACUCCAGAUUCGACUUCGGAAGGGCUCCGGUGCCGCCUGCCCCUGGGCCGGCCGGCGAGAGCAACGACGACGGCUUCCCGGCGGAUCUCCACUGCAGGAUUUGCAAGGAGGUGAUGGCCGACGCGGUGGUGGCGAGCAAGUGCUGCUUCAACAGCUUCUGCGACCGGUGCAUCCGAGCGCACAUCGUCGCCAACUCCGAGUGCGCGUGCGGGGCCAAGGCGAGCGCCGACGAUCUGAUCCCCAACCCGACGCUGCGCACCACCAUCGCCAACAUUCUCGCCGCCAGGGCCAGCAGCGCUUCGGGUGGAGCAGAGAAGCAGAGCAGCUCCGCCGCAAGCAACGAGGUCGCGGCGCCCACGCGUCAGGCUCAAAGUCCGGCAGCGUCGAACGAGAGCAGCAGCGGCAGUCACGCUUCUUCCAAGAAGGGCGCUGCCUCGGAGCGGGAGCACAGCGACGGCAAAUCGACGUCGGCUCCAGCGGCGCACGAGACAACGGACACAGCGGCCAACCAUGUCGAUCAUCAGUACGGCUACAGCGUUCCUUUUGCCCCGGUGUGCUACGACCCUUUUCUUGGUGGGAUGCCGUGGCCGGCUGAUUCUUCCAUGUACUACGGCUACGCCGGCAUGCCCUACGCUUACAGCGGCGGUUACCCUGUCAACACCAUGGGCGGCAACUUGACAGUGCCACCAACAACACGGAACGACGGCGGGCCGUAUGGCUACCACGGCAGGAAGAGGACGCGCGCAGAUUGUGAGGAUCAGAGCUUCAAGAGAAGGUGCGGUGGAGGCAGAUCACAGGCCGCUUUAGUUUUGACGUAGUAGUACAAGCUAGCUGGUGCCCAACUGCCCAGUGCAGAGGUUCUGAUAGGCUUUGUUGAUUUUUCUAGUCAUUCAAAUGCCUUGUAAUGUAUAACCAGUAGUACUGGUUUAUGAUUUGGUAAAGAGUUGCAGGCCCUCAUGCGCAGCUCUUUAUCUUCCCAUGUACUCCACUGCUCUCAUGUGUAAUAAAGAGUAAUUUGAUUUUACUAAUCAUCAUGGACAUUCAUGGGGUGCACCGAACUUAUGUGUAGCCACUGCUCUCCCGCUAAAAAAUGUUCAUCCAACCGUCUUCCUUAUUUUGAAGGGAAUAAAAAAUGUUUAAUCAGUUUCAUGAAAAUCACAAAAUUUAGUUAUCUUUUUAGAAAAAUCACAACCAGUGAACCUAAUGCAAAAUGUUGGCUGUUUACACUCAUGGAGGAGCUGCCCCAUAACUUAUUUGUAUUGUUGUCUGUUACCCUAUGGGCGCUGUGGUCGGCACAACGCAAAGCCAUACAUGAAGGGGUGUUCCGGACCCCUCAGUCGAUA